GCAUUAACUUGAACACUAAUAACCGUUUCGGCCGCUGUUGAAUUGUUCUCGCAUCGUUUUAGCACGGUAAAAAUGUCUAAGAAUUCGUUCAAAUUGUUUCUAGCGGCGAUUGCUAUUGGCAUUUGCUUUGCUGGACGUGUUCCAGGAUCGAUCAAAUCAGAAAGAAAACCGAUCCUUGAUGUCGAUCCUAUUUCUGCUCGUGCGUUAUUGAACAACGACUUUGAAAGUGGCUUCGAGGAACCCUGGUAUGACAGUUCACCAUCGACUGUACACUGGAUCGUCGAGGAUUUCAGUUUGCAGUCAGAGUUGAACAAUCCCGUUCCUGCGCCGUCAGCUGGCAGUAAAUACCUGCGAGCCAUUCGCAAUCAGCAACUCUCUUCCGGCCUUCUCAUCCUGCGCACGGUGACAUUCACGGCCUUACCUGGUGACGAAAUUUCCUUCAAUUUCUGGAUUCGGUCGCGAUACACUGGCGGGAAUACACUUGACCUCGUGUUGGUCCAAGGAGGAUUAGAAACGACUCUAUUGUCAUUGUCAAGUUAUUCCACUUCAGUGAAUUUAGAAUGGCGUCCAACUUCGAGUCCCAUUCCGGUUACGGAGCCGACGGAAGUGACGUUGGUAUUUUAUGCGUACUGCGGAGGAAAUGUAGAAGAUGCUAUUGCGAUUGACGAUAUCGUCGUAGGAUCUACCAUUCCCACUACUACGAUUCCUCCACCGACGACACCUUUACCUGGAGUCUGUGGUGGUAAUUUCUCCGAACCUAGUGGCAUCUUUUCAUCACCUAACUAUCCCAAUCCUUACGAUAACAAUGAAAUCUGCGAAUAUACUAUCCAGGUGGCGGAGGGCAAUCGCAUCGUUUUGAAUUUUCUCGAGUUCAACACGGAGAGUGGGGCCGAUUAUGUCACGGUGUACGAUGGAUUAUCAACGGCUUCACCUGUGCUGGUACGUGUAAGCGGAUUAAGUACCGACUUACUGACCACUUCGUCGGGUUCCGGCUGCUUGGUUGUGCACACAUCCGACGGUGUGAAUAGUUCCAAGGGCUGGUCGGCCACGUACGCCACUGCUUAAUCACGUCAACGAUUUAUUAUUAAUCCUAUAUAUCUAAUUCAGUCGCUUUCCAACUAGCACUAUGACAAUCGAUAACAAUUUAAUGUAAUGCUGUUUAUAAUACAUUUCAAACAAUAGUUUAAUCAUGCAA